GUGCCCAUAAACAUGGAAACACGAGGGUUUAUAUGGCGCUCACUCUAACUGAUAAUGGAAAGUAGUGCGAAAAUAAAGGAAUUAGAAGGAAAGAUAAAAGUGUAUGAAGAUGAAAUCCUUAAAAAGGAUGAGUUAAUUCAAAAAUUAUCCAGUAUGGAUAUUGAUCAAGUUAAAUCUACUGAACAGAAACUUACUGAUCAUAGUAAUAGUAUACAACAUGAACAAUAUCAACAGACAAGUAUAAAACGUGAAGAACUUGCAACAUUACGAAGCAAGGUUGGACAAUUAUGUGAAAAAACAUUAAAUCAAGAAAGUGAAUUAAAAGCAAAAUCAACACUGUUAACUAAAGCAGAAACAGAUAUUGUUAAGUUAACCCAUAAAAACAAUGAAUUAAUAUCCGAAAAUGAAAAAUUAAAAAAACAAUUAAAUGAUUAUACAACAAGCAUUAAUACAAAAAUUACUGAAUAUGAAAUAUGCAAUAAAAAAUUGAAUGAAUCAAAUCAAUUAUUGAAAAGUGAACAAGAUAAGAUAGAUGAAUUAAAAAAGCGUUUAAAUAAACAGAUAGAAGAAAAAGAGAAAUCCAAUUAUCAACUUGAACAAAAUGAGAAACGCUUACAAAAUUUCAUUACAAAAAUGAUUCAUAUAUUUGAUACAUUUUUACAAAAUGAUGAACAUUUAGUUAUUGAUUGGAAAGAUGAAAAAAAUUUAGAAGAUUUAAUAAUUAAAGCUAAAGAUGUCGUUAAUGAAAAUUUAAAAAAUAAAGGACAUAUUCAAGAUUUAUUAGAUCGAUUAAAACAACAUGAAAAUGAAAAUGCUGAUCACAAAAGUAGCAUGAAUCGUUUAGGUGAAUUAUUAACUAAAAAUGAUUGUUAUGAACAAGAAAACAGAAAACUAAAUCAGGAAUUAGAAAAUAUUCGACGUAAUGAAAAAGCUUUGGAAGAACGAAUUCGUGUAUUGACUAAAGAAUUAAUUGAUUCUCAGUUACAUAUAAGAGAAUUAGAUAAACAGUUACAAGAUACAAUGAGUAAAAACGAGAAACUACAUUGGAGUAAUCAAAAUAAAUAUGAAGAAGAUAAUUUAUUAUUUCGAAAUUCAUUGGCUUCAUUGCUAUCGUAUAAUAAUUUCCAAUGUAAUCCAACUGAAAUAUCAAUCAAAGAAAGUAUUAGAAAGUUUAUGAGUGAAUUGCAGGAACAAAAAGAUUUGUAUUCAAGACUUGAAAUUCGUUUAUCAGACACAUUAAGACGUUUAGAUCAUUCACAAGCUUCUAAACACGAAGUGGAACGUAUGUUAGAGAAAACGGAACGGGAAUGUUUUGAUCUGCGUGAACAGAUUAGACGUCUAGAAACAGAUUUGAUAAAUUCUGAUUUGGUGAAGCAAGAACAACGCUCAGAUAAAUUAAAAAUUUUCUCGUAUCUCUGUAAACUUGCAGCAAAAGUGAGAAUAGAUGAAAAAGUUGCUUCAGGAAUGAGAUUUGACGAACUACAAGAAGUUCUUUUGACAAGAAUCGGACAAAUAAUUAGUGGUGAAUACACUAUGCUAAGUGACGUUCAAGCUAACGCUGAUCGUAUAAAUGGUUUAAAUCGUAAAGUGAAAAGAUUACAAGAUCAACUAGCAAGUAGAGAAAUACAAUUAGGUUUGUGGAAAGAGAAAGCUAGUAAAUUAGAAGACCAAUUGUCCGGUAUAAAUGAAACUGAAAUGAAAGCUCAUGCAAAUAAAAUUGCAGCGGAGAAAUCAGCUAUCGAUGCUAGACGAUCAGAAUUAGAAGUGUCAAGAUUAAAAGAUGAGUUAACUCGUUUAAAAGCGGAACUAUUAGAUUUUAGUGACGCUAAAAUUAGUGUAGUUAAAUGUGAAGAACAACUGGCCGAGCUAACUAAACAAAACAGAGAACUGGAAAGUAUACGUCAAAGUCAAGCAAACAAAAUUGCUGAGUUAACAGAAAAAAUGGAAUUGCAAACAAAUGAGGAUAGUGAUAACCGUAGUCGAUUAGAAGAAGAAUGUAAAUGUUUAAUGAAUGAAUUACAAUCAACUAGAAAGUCAAUGGAACAACUUCAACGUUCUGAAAGAGAGCUUCUGGAAUUCAGAGCACUUGUUGGUCGUCUUCUUGGUUUAGAUACAGAAUUAUUAACAGUACCUAAUUAUGAUAUUAUCAGUCGUUUAGAAACAAUAAUUACACAUCAUCAAUUUAUUCAUGAUAAUUCCAUGUUGUCACAUAUGAACGAUGCACAUUCACCGAAUAGAAAAUCAAGUUCAUUGACUAAAGAUACAGGCUUACAACGAAAUACAACGGCAGAUUGUUAUAUGGCCGGACCACAUACAGCUAAAACAAGAUCUAAACAAGCUUGGACUAAUACUUGUGAAGAUUGUUCAAAAUCAUGUAAUCGUUCAGUGAGAGAUUCAUUAGAAAAGUACAGGGAAAAAUGUCAUCCAUCUGAAUCAAUAAAACACGAUCCAAGAAAGUAUUAGUUAUGUUAUUAUUUACUUAAAAGCACUUACAUACCAAGUUAUUUUUGAUUUAAAAAUGUUUAUUUGCAAAAAUACAAAGAUAACUACAAUUUUACCAAUUGUUCAUAGAAUAAUGUUUUUAUCUAUCGGUUGUUCUAAGUACCUUUUUCUCUUAUUCUUUAAAUUAACAUUACCGAAUGAACUUUUAAUUAGAUUAUACAAAUAAACAUACAUUUUGUGAGACAGUCUCUCGAGAUUUCUUUUAAUAAUGAAUUUACUCUUAUUAUGUUUAUUAAUGCAUUUUAUCAUAGCUGUACUGACGUUACAAUUUUACUCUAACUACAUAAUCGAAUAUUAAUUCGACAGUGAAUAUAAAACAAUGUGAUACUCCUCGAUCGAACUAAUACUACGUCCCUAAUAACUGUUGACCCAACCCACAAACUAUUCCGAAGACAAAAAUGUUCAAUAUUAAUGUCUCAAAUCAAUAUACCAUAGUGGAUCAGCUCGCAAAGUUCCUUAAAGUUCAUUUAUUUUCUAGCUUACGUGAACUGAUGUUAUAGACCAGCUUGAUUGCUACUAAUGACAGCUGCCAAUCGUAUGUAUAUAUCGUAUUUGAGUGUUCGCUGCGUGUGAUUAUCAUGACUUUGAUAUAGUCAGUCAGAUUAUUACUGACAAGCACCAUUCGUCACUUUAAAAAUGAACAUUGUUAUUCAUUUUUUCAAUCAGAAGCUAUAUAUGAUAAUAAAUUCUUUUGAAAGUAUGACUACAGUUGUACUUCUUUGAUAAAUAAAGUCCAGAAACUUUAGUAGAUCCUUGUACAUUUCCGGAUAAUCGGUUUGUUAAUGAGUGAUUAAGUACUGAAUUAUGAACUUUAAUAUAAAGUUGUGAGCCAUUAUAUUCUUAUACUCAGAGACAGAAGGCAAAUUUAUUCCAUGGAUUUAUCAGUUUUGCCAUGGGUCGAUUUAGGAUAGAUAACACCAAUUACUGUGUUUGAAAUCUGUCAAUUAGUUCCUCAUUGGUUAAAGUUUGACGAGAACAUUCGAAUUUCUGUCGCAGUAUAUGUGAUCAUCUACCUAUGCAGCUAAAGUGCUUCGCAUCAGAAA